UUUUCCUAUAGAAAUAUAAAAAAUGUCAAAUUAUAGAAAAGCAGAGAGAGGGUUACAGGAGUGUUACUGAGAAGCUGAGCUCAACAACAACAACAACAAUGGCAACAUCGUCGUACAAGGUUUUGAGUAGGUUAUCGUGUCGGUUACAAACACUUGUUCAUAAUAACAACAACAAAUUAACAACUAAACAAUCACCAUUCUCUAUCAAACCCAAACCUCAAUCUGCUUCUGUUCCACGCGUCUCUCUCACUUCCCGGUUACCAGUGGAGUUGGGUUGCUUAGAAUCAAUGUUGCCAUUGUAUAGUGCGGUUGCUUCUGCUCGAUUAGUUUCAAGCUUAUCUAUUCAAUCUCUUGGUUGGUGUUUGGUUCCUCAAGGUAUUUCCAUGCCUUUAUGACGGCGUUGGUCUGCAGUUAGUUGAUUCAAGUAGCAUUUCCAUUUGAUGACAGACUUUGGCUCAUAUUGAUGUUUUCACUUUUUUGUAAUCUUGAGGCCUUUUGACAUAGAACCCUUCAUCUGAUAUCUUUGGGGAACAUGCAAUGCAACUGGUGUUGCUUACUCAUUGAAUUGGUUCAUUUUAUCCUCUGAUGUUUCUGGAAUAUCUUUUUUUGGCUUUCCUAUUUCUGGUUAACUAAUAAUUCAUUAUGAAAGUGCAUUAUAUCGGAAGAA